GGAGGGUUUCUCUCUCACCCCGGAGAGGCGCUUCUACAAUCAACGUGGAGCGCUUCGAGAGGAAGCGCGAAGAAGACGAAGGGAGAGAGAGAGAGAGAGAGAGAGAGAGAGAGAGAGAGAGAUCCGCGUCCAUGGAGGGGUCCGAUUGCGCUCCGCAACGGUGCCCUCACUGCACGGGGCCUCUCUCUAAGGACAUGGAAACGAGCUCUUGGACCGUGGCGCCGUUGAUCCGAGACAGCUUCUCCAUGAUAGGCACCGCUGUUGGCGGAACGACAAGCGCAUUUUAUGGUUUUAACCAUGUUAUGCCUGUUGUCAGGAGGUGGGUGAAAGGGCCAAUGUGGGUUCAUUUCCUUGUUGGUACACCACCUGUGAUUGUCUUCUCUUCAGCUUGUGCUGGAUUGGCAGGAGGUGCUGUGCCGGCUCUUGCGCAGCUGGUCUCUUCAUCAUAUCAUGCGGCAAUCUCAUCUUCGCCCUCCUUGGCUCGCCCACCUUAGCACGAUGAUAGCAGCAUGCACAAAACGAGAAGCUCCUCCCCACUGUAAAUCUCGUUGGCACCUUUUCUCUUUCUAAAAGCUGUUUUCUUUUAAUUUGCAGAACUUUGUUCAAACGGUUCCUGACAAUAAGCUAAGGUUUACUUUUGUGCUCUCUAUCUGUUAGAGUGCUUCAAACAGUGAAGCUUGUAGAAUGCGCUUCUUUUAUGAUGUAUAUUUAUUACAGAGCUGAUUUGGUUGCUUGUUUGGCCGAGGAUUCCUCUGUAAAUCAUCUAGUUUUGCUGUUAAUAAAGCCGGGUUUUUUAAUUCA